CUGUCAGCGUCUGUGUGCAGCCGAUGAAAGCGCGUCUCCAGAGGGGAUCAGGACUGAUUUAGCCCUCACAUCUGACUGUGUGUGCAGAAAUAAGGCCGUGUGUAAAGACGGCAACACACCAGUUGCAUGUAUGCAACAGAUGUCGGCUAAUAAUAACAACCUGCUGCGCCUUUAAGAGGAUGACUGAGGAGGAAACUUAAUAUCUCUCCACAUCGAGUCUUCAUCAAUUAACAGUGAGAGCCCACAUCAGGGCGAUAUCUGAAUCUGUCCCUCUGCUCUGCUCUGCUCUCCAAACCUGCUUUCUGUUGUUGUUUUUCUUUUGUCACACAUAAACCGGAUUCAAUUACGCAUUGCACCUUUAAGAAGCUGUCACCAGGAUUAGAGUUACGCGCAGCGAGCCAAGCCGUCCUCCGGAGGGGUUUUACGCACCGUCGGUUCCCAGAGCAGGGUCUCUCCCUCAGCGACAUUUCUCCGUCUGUCUCUCUCCUUCUUCUUCGCUCGUCCUGACACCGCCGGGGAGCCCUCCACGCCACGCGACAUGGCCGAGAUAGGGAAAGGGGUCACCGCCGGGAAACUGGCCAUCAACGUCCAGAAGAGACUCACCAGAGCGCAGGAGAAGGUCCUGCAGAAGCUCGGCAAAGCAGAUGAGACCCGAGACGCCGCCUUUGAGGAGAUGGUGGCCAACUUCAACAAGCAGAUGACAGAAGGCACCAAACUGCAGAAAGACCUGAAAGCCUACCUGGUAGCGGUGAAAACGAUGCACGACGCGUCUCGGCGGCUUCAGGACUGUCUAGCUGACAUGUAUGAACCCGAGUGGUUUGGCAAAGAGGAGAUGGACUCGUUGACAGAGGACACAGACACUCUGUGGUUAGACUACCACCAGAACCUCACAGACAAAUCUUUGACCACUCUGGACUAGUACCUGGCUCAGUUUCCUGAUAUCAAGGCUCGUAUAGCGAAGCGCGACAGGAAGAUGGUGGACUUCGACAGCGCCCGGCAUCACUUCAGCUCCUUACAGAAAGGAAAGAAGAAGGACGAAGCCAAGAUCGCCAAGGCGGAGGAGGAGCUGGGCCGAGCUCAGAAGAUUUUUGAGGAGCUGAACGUGGAGCUACAAGACGAGCUUCCAACACUGUGGGACAAUCGUGUUGGCGUCUAUGUUAACACAUUCCAGAGCAUGGCACGUCAUCAGGAGAAGUUCCACGGGGAAAUGAGCAAGCUCAGCCAAAACCUGAACGACAUCAUGACCAAACUGGAAGAGCAGCGGGAGCUGAAAAAAGGUGGUACUGCAGCAGCAAAGACAGAAGAUGGUGCCAAGAGCGAGGAAGCCAACCACAGCGAAUCAGCCAGCUCACCACCAAAGGUGGUGCAGAGGCCCGGUCCUCCACCCAGCCGGCCUCCGCCCCGACUGACGCCGUCUCCAGACCUGAGACAGCAGUGUGUUAGCCCGAUGGAGGGCGAGGCCUCGGUGGCCGGCACUAGCACAGACUCAACGACACAGCAGGCGCCAUCAUGGGAGUCAUGGCGAGAACAGACCGCCGCACAGCAGGAGCCGCAGCAUGAUGACGACCAAUACCCAGAGGAGGCCCAAGGUGGCUGGGAUUACGAUGACAGCAACACCCAGAGCUACACCCAGCCUGGUUGGGACGAUGCAGAAACAGCUCAGGAGAGCUGGAGCGAUGGAGGUGGAGGUGGUGAAGUCUAUGCCACUCAGUCGUACACACAGCCCAACUGGGACGACGAUAGCGCCCAAGUGGAGCAGGGUGGCUGGGGCGAUGAUGGAGAGGAUCAGAGUGCGGUGACCAAUGGCUCAGAUGGCGAACUCCCCCCAGGAUUCCUCUACAAGGUAAAAGCGAUACACGAUUACGCUGCCACUGACGGUGAUGAGCUGGAACUGAAGACCGGAGACUCUGUACUGGUUUUGGCCUUUGACAAUCCAGACGAGCAGGACGAUGGCUGGCUCUUGGGUGUGCAGGAGUCUCACUGGGUGGAGAACAAAAAUAUUUCAGCCAAAGGCGUGUUCCCUGAGAACUUUACUCAGAAGGUUUGAGGUUAAUGCCACAAAGAGAUUCGCCCCCCGUCUGUGCCCCAAACUCCUCAAUAUAGAUCUAACUGGUAAAGACAUGGUCACUGAAUGUCUUCUCACACACCAAACUGUAUUGGGACAUGAUUAGAAACGUGCACUGAAACACAAAGCAGUGGUUAAAAUGAUUUGUGUCAGGCAGUAAAACUCUUCAGUGAGCUCAUGAACACGUUCACACAAAGCAAACAGAACUUUACAUUUGAAAAAUAAAAGGUACCCAGACUACUUUGCGGUAAAUGAUGCACAAACUUCCAAAAGUGUUUUCGUCAAAUCUUACACGUAAAUAUUACAUGUAUUAAUUCAGGCUGUUCUCAUGAACAGUUCGUAUGUAUACCAACGAAAAGGAGUGCACCACAGUUUGUAUAUAACCCACGUAAUUUUCAAAGCUGAGAUCAUGUGACCAAUGAGCUAACAGCAAUAAAGAAAGAGCUAACCCACUUUACUUUACUAAACCACAACUUACGUUGAGUACCUAACAAGACGACCCCCAACCAUAACUCUUUUCCAAAACCUUACCUACGUAACUUUACGUUCCUAAAUAUAAACUACCUACCUUUACGUUAAGUACACAACCUGAUGACGCUUAACCAUGAUUUUUUUCCAAAACCUGAACUACGUAACUUUACAUUAGUACACAUGAUGACGCCUAACUAUGAUUCUUUCCAAAACGUAACCUACAUAACCUUACUUUCCUAAACCUAAGCUAUGUAACUUUACUUUCCUAAACCUAGACUUCAUAACUUUACGUUAAGUACCUAAUGUGACGAUGCCUAACUGUGAUUCUUUUCCAACACCUAGCCUAUGUAAUUUUACUUUCCUAAGCCUAAAUUACGUAAAUUAACUUUCCUAAACCACAGCUACAUAACUUUUUUAAGUACACAAUGUUAUGACACCCAAUGUUUCUUUUCCAAAACCUAAACUCUGUAACUUUACUUUCCAACCCGAAACUACGUUACUUUACUUUACUAAAUAUAAACUACAUAACUUUACGUUAUGUUCUUUUCCAAAACCUAAUC